AUGUCUUCGGCCAAGAAUGAGUUACUUGAACUCCAAUCUAUGCUCAUUCUCGAGCUUGAAAGGCUGCAUAGCAAUUUUACAAAAGAUCCUAAGAUAAGAAAAACUGAAGAUUACAUUAAGAAGAGAUUAGAGACGUUAGAUGGAGUUUGGGAAAAAUUUAAAGACAACAACACAAUAUUGGAAACAGAAAAAGAUAGGACUCAUGAAUAUUUCACAAAGGAUGUGUUUGCGGCAUAUCAAGAUUAUUAUAAAAGGACUCGUGAUAUGAUAAUGGAAUAUGGGAAACCGAACGGAAGAAACAAGCAAGACGAAAAAAUUCAAGUAGACCUGGAAAAAGUUCAAGACUAUUUAAGUUUGCAGAGAACAAACUUCAGAGCGUUUUGUAGAGUCGCAGACAAUAUUGAUAUUGACUCUAUCCAUGAGAAAUGGGAGUUGGAAUACGAGCUGAAAAAUUUACAAAUUCGCUGGAACAACAUUGAAGAUUUACAUUUGAAAAUUGACAACAUUCUAGACGGAGCUGAUGCGGAAUACCAAGAUCAAUAUAUAGAACUGGAAACCUUAUUCAGAUCUAUGAAUAAAGCCUUAAAUAAGAAGCUGUCUUCUACCGUUCAUUUGCAUCUUUCUACCCCCAAAAUUGAUAUUCCUACCUUUUCUGGCAAUUAUACUCAGUGGAAUACAUUUUUAGAUCUAUUCAAGGAAGCAGUGCAUAACAAUCCCGCUUUGAACAAAGUACAAAAAAUGCAACAUCUCAAAGGCAAGCUAAGGGGCGAAGCGGAGCGGCUCAUACAACAUUUGCAUAUUUCAUCUGAUAAUUAUGACUCUGCCUGGAAGAUAUUAAAUCAUCGGUACGAUAACCGUCAAGUACUUUUCACCAAACAGAUGGAAACCCUACUCAAUCAACCUAACGUUCAAAAACAAACUUCCAUGGAACUGAGACGACUUCAUGACACUUCUAUGGAGUGCAUACAUGGUAUAUACAACAUGGGUAUCGACACUUCGUCUUGGGAUCCAGUAUUUGUGCACUUAAUUGCAAAGAAAUUAGACACCGUGACGUUCAGCGAUUAUAUGGAGGCAAGAAAAUCACCACGCGAUGUACCAGACUUGGACGAAUUCAUGGAAUUUUUGGAAGCCAAAUUUAUUGCAUUGGAGCCGAUGAAUAAAAAGGAAAAGGAAUCGGUACCAACAUGUUCGUUCAAGACAAAUUUUGCACCGAAGUUCAAGCAAACCUACAAUUCUAACAAACCUGCAUUUGAGAAGCGAAAUACUUCGUACAAUAAAACAUUUCAUGUUUACUCCAAACCUGCAAUUACAUGUCCUAUUUGCAAUAAAAAUCAUGGACUAUAUCAAUGCAAAAUAUUUGAGAAUAUGACACCGGACGCAAAACUUCAAGCCAUUUCAAAAUCAAACAUUUGUAAAAAUUGUUUGUAUGUGCAUAAAUAUGGUUGCAAUUCCGAGAAACGCUGCAAAGACUGCAAUAUGCCACAUAAUACUUUAUUACAUGAGGCAAUUACUGCAAUGAAUAAGGGAGCAUCGACCUCGAACAAACAAAAUUCACUGCAGAACGUGCACGCUAAUCACGUGGCCGGUGAUGAUGACGAAAUAUUACUUGCAACAAUUCAAAUGCAAUUACGAGCCGCGGAUGGUACUUACACCACCAUGCGCGCACUUCUCGACCAAGGUUCGCAAACAACCCUCAUAACAGAGAAUGCAGCACAACUACUAGGGUUGAAACGACAUAGCAUACAUGCAUCUGUAUCUGGUAUAGGUACCUCCCCUAACAAGUGCAAAGGAAAAGUCGAACUGCAUUGCAAAUCACUCUUCAACAACUAUGAAUUCACCACUGAAGCAUUAGUAAUGACAAAGCUUGCAGAUCCGGACUACAAUAUAUCAAGGCCGGUUGAUAUUCUAUUGGAUGCAAAAGUCUACGCAGAAAUCAUUAUGGAUGGGCUGUUAAAGAGUUCACCCGAUCAACCAAUAGCACAACAGACGCAGAUGGGCUGGAUUUUGUCUGGUUCAAUAACAAAAUCAUUCAACUGUCAUGUGGUGAUCAAUAACAUCGAAGAUAUCAGCAAUUAUUGGGAGUUGGAGGAUAUCACAGAGACAAAACGACAGUUAACUAAAGAUGAACAAUUCUGCGAAGACUACUACACCAAAACGACACGUCGCUUAACAAAUGGGACAUAUGAAGUGAGAUUGCCUAUGAAAGAAGGCUUUGAAAAGCAAUUAGGCCAAUCGAAGCCUACGGCCGUUGCACAAUACAUGCAAUUAGAGCGCAAGCUAGCGAAGAACCCACAGCUAAGCGAAAGGUAUCAUGCAUUUAUGAAGGAAUACGAUGCCAUGCACCAUAUGAAAAUCUGUACAGAUAAAAGAAGUACAGAAUGCUAUCUUCCACACCACGGAGUGUUAAAAGAAGAUUCUACCACCACAAAAUUACGAACCGUUUUUAAUGCAUCGCAACUAACAUCGUCUGGCUAUAGCUUAAAUGAUUUGAUGGAGUGCGGUCCUAAGUUGCAAUCCGAUCUGCAGCUAUUGUUAUUGAGUUGGCGAGGUUACAAAUAUGUUUACACAGCGGACUGCGAAAAGAUGUACCGUAUGAUUUGGCUCCAUGAGGAGGACCAACACCUGCAAAAGAUCAUCUGGAGAGAUCAACACAAUAUCCUCAGAGAAUAUCAACUUUGCACUGUAACAUAUGGUAUGAAAGCGGCCCCUUUUCUCGCUAUUCGAACAUUGCAACAAUUGGCAAACGAUGACGCAUCAUUGUAUCCGUUAGCAGCUGACGUUCUGAAAAAUAAAUUUUAUGUGGAUGAUCUUUUACAUGGCAACAACAGCAUAGAAGAGGCAAAGCAAGUCUAA